CGGCGUAGCGCGGCCGGCGCGGGAGCGGGAGCGGGAGAGGCGUCAGGCGAAAGGCGGUGCGCGGGAGAAGUGGAAAGCCGGGAAGAGAGAGCCGACGAAGGGAAGAAUCGGGGUCCACAACAAAAUCGCUUAAUCGCUUUGCGCCACCGUCCGCGACGGAACACGGCCCAUCCGUCGCUGCCGCCACCGCUGCCGCCGUCGCCGCCAUCGCAGUGCCCCCUAGUGUGCAUGCAUGCUCGACGCUGCCUCUUUCUUUCUCCCCUUCUUUCUCUCUCUCUCUCUCUCUCUCUCCCCUUCUUUCUCUUUUCCCCUUUCUCCCCCUUUCACCUUCUCUCUGACUCGCGCUGCGCCACGAUCUCCAUCUUUCUCUCCCUCUCCCUUUUUCUCUCCCUUCCUCGCCUUCUCCAGUCUCUCCCGCUGUCUCUGUUUCCCCGUGAUUCGCUAUGCCACUUCGGUCCGCGACGUUUUCACGGGCAAUCCAUGAGUGACAGCUGCCAGUGUCCAACGCGGUGCGUGCGUGUCUCUCACGGCGGUUUGACACGGCCGAUACCGGCUGUGCGUGGGUGACAGUUUACGUACGUGCGUGCGUGCGUGCGUGCGUGCGUGCAUGCGUGCACGCGAGAACCGUCACUUCCGAGACGAGGAGGAGAACCGUUCUCGUUUCGCGCCCUCGCGGCGGUGUGUUUAUAUCAUCUGAUAUACGGCGAAAGUGUGUGUACAUCACACCCUCGGGAUCUCGGAGCAGCACGGGGUUGGCGAUUACCACGGAGCCCGGAUCCACCGAUCUGCUUCUGCUGCUGCUGCUACUGCUGCUGCUACUGCCGCUGCUGCAAUUUGAUUUGUGGGUCAGGUCAUGGUGAGCGGCGGCAUGGCCGGGCAGCACUACUGCCUGCGUUGGAACAACUACCAAUCGAAUAUGACGUCGGUGAUGCACCAGCUUCUGCAGACCGAGGCCUUCGUCGACGUCACCCUGGCGUGCAAUGAGGCCUCAUUAAAGGCGCACAAGGUGGUGUUGUCAGCUUGCAGCUCCUACUUCCAGAAGCUCCUGCUAUCGAACCCUUGCAAACACCCGACAAUCAUCAUGCCGCAGGACGUCUGCUUCAACGACCUCAAGUUCAUCAUCGAGUUCGUCUACCGCGGCGAGAUUGACGUUUCGCAAGCGGAGCUUCAGUCGCUCUUGAAGACGGCCGACCAGCUAAAGAUCAAGGGCCUGUGCGAGGUGCCGGAGAACAGGGACGGUCCGCCACCCGUGAGUCUGAGCUCGCCGCCGAGAGAGUCCGGCACCCCGAGAUUGAACUACACGAAGCUGAAGAAGCACCAUCAGAGAUACAAAAGACCCAGAAUCGAGCGGCCCACAUUCGAGCCGCGUCCUACCGAUCCGAGACACUACGAUCGCUACAAAGAGGAAGAGGCUAACGAUUACAGCCGUGACAACAAAGAGAACCAUCGGGACUGGCAGGCUGAAGAUGAAGAGUGCACGGAGACAGCAACAGCAGCAGUAGCAUUGGAAACUUGCCAACGUAAUAAUAAUAACAAUAACAACAACAACGGUAACGGCACGAGUAACAACAGUGACAUGUUCUGUCACACAGGGCUAGGGCAUUAUGGCCACCAUCCGGAUCCCGGAGAGGUCGAUUUGCCCCCCGAGACUCAACCCACCCCACCCAGCGCCACCCUGGUCGGCACUACCAUCACCCACUUGAGGGAUCCGGAUCAUCAUUCUACAGAGAUUCAGAAUUGCGACAGCGUCAAGAUCAAGUUCGAAACGCUGCACACGAUGGACUCCUCGGACACGAUCGACAUAGAUAGUCACAUGUCGGAUCGGGCAAGCGUAAGCUCGAAAAACGCCGCCGACAGCGACAACAUGAUGAUGAUAACACCGGAGCUAUUGGGACUGAUGCCAUCGGGAAGCUCCGGUCAGUCAGACUCGGGUGAGAAUAACUCAAGGGGGCACAGCGGACAGUCCAGCUCGCACCAUCACGGCUCGAAGUCGUGGACGCAGGAGGACAUGGACGCGGCUUUAGAAGCGCUGAGGAAUCACAACAUGAGCCUGACGAAAGCUUCGGCAACAUUCGGUAUUCCCUCAACGACACUAUGGCAACGGGCGCAUCGAUUGGGCAUCGACACACCGAAGAAAGACGGCCCCACGAAAUCCUGGAGCGACGAGAGCUUGAACAAUGCCUUAGAAGCGUUGCGUACCGGUUCUAUUUCGGCUAACAAAGCGUCCAAAGCAUAUGGCAUACCUUCCAGCACGUUGUAUAAGAUCGCCAGGAGGGAAGGUAUCAGAUUGGCCGCACCGUUCAACGCGAGUCCCACUACCUGGACACCCUCCGAUCUGGACCGCGCUUUAGAAGCAAUAAGAUCUGGUCAGACGUCCGUACAGAGAGCGUCGACGGAAUUUGGUAUACCUACGGGGACUCUUUACGGAAGAUGCAAGCGGGAAGGAAUCGAGCUUAGUAGAAGCAAUCCUACUCCAUGGAGCGAAGAUGCUAUGACUGAAGCUCUCGAGGCCGUCAGAUUAGGACACAUGAGCAUAAAUCAAGCGGCAAUCCAUUAUAAUCUGCCGUAUUCGUCACUAUACGGACGCUUCAAGAGGGGCAAAUACGAGGAACCCGUCGUCGGUGAUAUCUCGCAGGAUGGUACCAGUCCACAUUUCCAUCAGAGCCCUAACCAGAAUCACUCAUCCGCCCUUCCAGAUCAAAUGCCUUAUCCGGGCAGUUGAAACUUACCUCUUUACUAGAGUAUUAAGUUAACUUGCUCCGAACUUUUCGAUUCGCGGCAGCUCCUCAAACAACUCUUUAAGCAAACAUGCGCGGGCGGCAUUCUGAGAGAUUAGAUACCGAUCGGAAAGAGAAUGUCAUUACGAAAA